AUGGCGGACCAAGCUGCACCUCAGAGGUUCGAGACUUUGCAGCUCCAUGCUGGUCAGGAGCCUGAUCCAACCACCCACUCCCGAGCAGUUCYAAUCUACGCGACGACAUCAUAUACCUUCAAUGACUCGGCCCACGGCGCGAGGCUGUUUGGUCUCAAGGAGUUUGGCAACAUCUACUCCAGAAUCAUGAACCCAACGGUUGAUGUUCUUGAGAAGCGGGUGGCCGCUCUUGAAGGCGGUGUUGCUGCUCUGGCCACUUCAUCCGGCCAAGCUGCGCAGUUCAUGGCCAUUGCUGCUCUCGCACAUGCCGGAGACAACAUUGUGUCUACUUCCAACCUCUACGGAGGCACAUACAACCAAUUGAAGGUAUUUAUGCCYCGCCUGGGGAUAACCACCAAGUUUGUCAACGGCGACAACCCUGAGGACUUCAAGAAACUGUUCGAUGAGAAGACAAAGGCUGUCUACCUGGAAAGCAUUGGCAACCCCAGAUACAACGUUCCAGACCUCGAAGCCAUUGCCAAAAUAGCCCACGAUUUUGGAAUCCCUGUGAUCGUCGAUAACACCUUUGGAGCCGGUGGCUACUUCAUUCGUCCCAUCGACCACGGUGCGGAUAUUGUCGUGCACAGUGCGACCAAGUGGAUCGGAGGACACGGCACAACCAUUGGAGGGGUCAUUGUGGAUGCCGGCAAGUUCGACUGGGGCACCGCAGACGCACGCAAGCGAUUUCCUCAGAUGACUGAGCCCUCAGACGGCUACCAUGGCCUGAAGUUCUUCGACACCUUUGGCGCCAUUACGUACAUCAUUCGUCUGCGAGUUGAGAUCCUCCGUGAUUUGGGAGCGGCUUUGAACCCAUUCGCAGCACAGCAGUUGAUCCUCGGAAUCGAGACUCUCAGCUUGCGCUGCGAGCGACACGCACAGAACGCCAUGGCUCUUGCGAAAUGGCUGGAGAGCAACGAGAACGUUGCUUGGGUCAGCUACCCCGGAUUGGCAAGCCACAAGAGCCACGAGCUCGCCAAGAAGUACCUUCCACGAGGCUUCGGUGGAGUUUUGUCGUUUGGUGUCAAGGGCGGCCAGACCGCUGGUAGCCAGGUUGUCGACGGCUUCAAGCUCAUCUCAAACUUGGCCAAUGUCGGAGACUCCAAGACCCUCGCCAUCCACCCUUGGACUACUACCCACGAGCAGCUUAGCGAUGAGGAGAAGAUCAACAGUGGUGUGACUGAGGAUCUCAUCCGUAUCUCGGUUGGUACUGAGCACAUCGACGACAUCAUUGCCGAUUUCGUGCAGUCCUUCCAAGGCGCUGCUACCAAGCCGGAUGAGAAGGGUGCAGACAACAGCGAGGUCACUGGUGAUGCGAGCGCUCCAACAAACCCAACCGUAUGA